AUGACAGUGUCAUUACCCAAGGAAAAAAGAAAAAAGAUUAUCAAUUCCGUUAAACAAUUUAGGGGGAGGAAAAAAUGUAAAAUUCGGGAAUUUGCUAAAUUUAUUGGUAUAUUAACGUCUGCAUGUCCAGCAGUUAAGUAUGGCUGGCUCUACACGAAAGCAUUUGAACGUGAGAAAUUUUUAGCUCUCCAAAGUUGUAAUGGAAAUUACAAUUCCCGCAUGUCGAUUCCUAGCAACUUGUUAAAUGAUUUUGAUUGGUGGUUAACUAACAUCCCAUUCGCCUUUAAUUCUUUGGGGCCAAUGAAUUAUAAAAUUGAAAUUUUUUCUGAUGCCUCCCCCAGCGGUUGGGGAGUAUGUUGUAAUGGCGAAAAAUCCCAUGGUUUUUGGUCUCCAACUGAGAAAACUCACCACAUUAAUUAUUUGGAGCUCCUGUCAAGUUUUUUUGGUCUAAAAUGUUUUGCAUCUCAUCUAUCUAACGUCAACAUUUUAUGUCGAAUUGAUAACACCACGGCCAUUGCAUAUAUCAAUAGGAUGGGAAGUAUUCAGUUUCCCAAACUAAACAUUUUGACCAAAGAAAUUUGGCAGUGGUGCGAAAGACGAAAUAUUUAUAUUUUCGCCUCGUACAUAAAAUCCAAAGACAAUACAAUUGCUGACCAAGAAUCCCGGAGUCUGGACAUUGCCACUGAAUAUGAAUUAAACCAAGAUACAUUUCAAGUUAUUACAUCUUCUUUUGGGCAGCCACAGAUCGAUCUAUUUGCUUCGAGAACUAAUGCAAAAUGUAAAAAAUUUGUAUCCUGGGGAAAAGAUCCAGAAUCUUGGGCAGUGGAUGCAUUUACUCUAGACUGGGGCCAGUUUUACUUUUACGCCUUUCCUCCAUUUUCAGUCAUUCUACGUGUCCUUCAAAAAAUAAUUGACGAUAAAGCUGAGGGAGUUGUCGUAGUUCCAAAUUGGAAUUCACAACCGUGGUAUCCGGGUUUUUGCUCCUUACUAGCACAAGAUCCUGUCUACUUUAAACCAGAUAAAAACCUUCUUUUUUCCAUCCAUAGAACUCCACACCCGCUCUGGAAAAAUCUUUCCCUGGUGGCCGGAGUCUUAUCGUGCAAGCACUACAAAAUGGAAAAGUCCCGGACAUGUCAUUAG